UGACCUCACUCCACACAGGCUGGGGCAGACCCUGGAGAAACAAGGCAGCCAUGAGAGCCCCCUCAUGCCACUUUUAAAGCCAAUUUUGCUGCUUUCCCCCCAAAAAAAUCCUCUCUUUAUUCAAAAUUCUUUAUAUUGCAACUAAAGAUAUGGAGGUGCUUCUCCAUUUACUUACUGUCAAUUUUGCUUGUUGAAGAAAGAAGCUGACAAGAUAUUUCUCAUUUACAAAGCUUUCUUAAAGGAAUAUUUUCGACACUAGCACUUUACUCCAGGAAGGGGCGGCUCUAAGAAUCAUUCUCUCUUAAGGAAAGUCUGCUGCAAAGAACAAAAAAACACGAAACCUCAGAAGUGUGGUAUUGACUUAAGAGAGAAAAAUGGAUCCAAGUGGAGCAGUGACAGAGGAAGGAACUCAGAAAAAAAAGAAGAGACCUCUAGUACCACCAGCUCCCAGACCCCCUCGAUCACUUUUCUGCCUCUCAUUAAGAAAUCCAUUUAGGAAAAGCUGCAUAAACAUAGUAGAAUGGAAACCUUUUGAAAUAAUUAUUCUCCUGACCAUCUUUGCCAACUGCCUGGCGUUGGCAAUCUAUCUACCCAUGCCUGAGGAUGACACCAACACAUCUAAUGCUAUACUGGAAAAGAUUGAGUAUAUCUUUUUGUUCAUCUUCACCAUUGAAUCAUGUUUAAAGAUAGUAGCAUAUGGAUUUAUCUUGCACACGGAUGCAUAUUUGCGCAAUGGCUGGAACAUCCUGGACUUUACAAUAGUGUCUGUAGGAGUCUUUACAGUGUUACUGGAACACAUCAACAAAGCACAUGGCCCAGAUGGAGGCAAAGGAACAGGAUUUAAUGUUAAGGCCUUAAGAGCUUUCCGUGUUCUGAGACCACUUCGCUUGGUAUCUGGAGUGCCGAGCCUCCAGGUAGUUCUGAACUCCAUCAUUAAGGCAAUGCUUCCACUUCUCCACAUCGCUCUUCUUGUCCUCUUUAUGAUUAUUAUAUAUGCCAUUGUUGGACUGGAAUUGUUUUCUGGCAAGAUGCAUAAAACAUGUUAUUUUAUUGGAACAGAUGUAAUAGCUUCAGUGGACAAGCCGGCACCUUGCAGCACAGGAGGUCAGGGCCGUCAGUGCACAAUGAAUGGAACAGAGUGCAGGGGCUGGUGGCCAGGUCCCAACAAUGGAAUCACACACUUUGACAACUUUGGCUUUGCUAUGCUCACUGUGUACCAGUGUAUAACUAUGGAAAGCUGGACAGAAGUGCUAUACUGGGUUAACGACGCCAUUGGUAACGAAUGGCCCUGGAUUUACUUUGUAAGCCUAAUCCUUCUGGGCUCCUUCUUUGUCCUCAAUCUUGUUCUGGGUGUCUUGAGUGGGGAGUUUACAAAGGAACGAGAGAAGGCUAAGUCACGUGGUGCUUUUCAAAAGCUGAGGGAACAGCAGGCAAUGGAUGAGGAUUUGCGUGGGUACUUGGACUGGAUAACACAUGCAGAGGUCAUGGAUCCAGACAUGGAGCUAGGAGAGGGUUUCUUACAGUUAGAAGAGGGAGGCUCAGAAACAGACAGUCUGUAUGAGAUGGAAGGAAUCAACAAGUGCAUCAGCUUUUUCCGCCAGUGGCGUCACUGGCACCGCCUUCUGCGUAGGAAGUGUCGCACUCUUGUGAAAUCUAACUUGUUUUACUGGCUUGUUAUCAUUGUGAUCCUAUUUAAUACCAUUACCAUAGCAACAGAACACCACAAUCAAUCCCAAUGGUUAACAAGAGCUCAAGAUAUAGCAAAUCAAGUACUGUUGGCUCUUUUCACAAUGGAGAUGAUCCUGAAGAUAUAUGCUUUGGGGUUCCAAGCAUAUUUCAUGUCACUCUUUAAUCGAUUUGAUUGCUUCGUGGUAUGUACUGGACUUCUGGAAGUCCUGUUGGUGGCAAGCAACAUCAUGUCCCCACUUGGAAUAUCAGUACUCCGGUGUAUAAGGUUGCUACGAAUUUUCAAGAUCACACGGUACUGGACAUCCCUUAAUAACCUUGUGGCUUCUCUCCUAAACUCAGUCCGAUCAAUUGCAUCUCUUCUUCUUCUGCUUUUCCUCUUCAUGAUCAUUUUUUCCCUGCUGGGAAUGCAAAUGUUUGGCGGCAAGUUUGAUUUUGAGGACACAGAGAUUCGGAGGAGCACUUUUGAUAACUUCCCUCAAUCGCUGAUCACUGUAUUCCAGAUUCUGACUGGAGAAGACUGGAACUCAGUAAUGAAUAAUGGAAUUAUGGCAUAUGGGGGUCCUUCCUUCCCCGGGAUGUUGGUCUGCAUCUACUUUAUCAUACUUUUUGUCUGUGGAAACUACAUCUUGCUUAAUGUAUUUCUGGCCAUUGCAGUUGAUAAUCUGGCAGAAGCAGAGAGCCUAACAUCUGCACAAAAAGCAAAGGCGGAGGAACGUAAACGCAAGAAGUUAGCUCGUUCACAGCCCGAUAAAUCAGAGGAAGAAAGACUACUAGCAAAGAAACUAGAACAGAAAGCCAAAGGGGAAGGAAUCCCAACAACUGCCAAGCUUAAGAUAGAUGAAUUUGAGUCGAAUGUCAAUGAAAUCAAGGAUCCAUAUCCCUCUGCAGACUUCCCAGGUGAUGACGAAGAGGAGGAACCUGACAUCCCUCUUAGUCCUCGACCACGUCCACUUGCAGAGUUGCAGCUCAAAGAGAAAGCAGUUCCAAUGCCUGAGGCCAGCUCAUUCUUCAUAUUUAGUCCCACAAACAAGAUUCGACUGCUUUGUCACCGCAUUGUUAAUGCUACCACAUUCACUAAUUUUAUCCUGCUGUUCAUCCUACUGAGCAGCAUCUCACUUGCUGCUGAGGAUCCUAUUCAACCUGAUUCCUUCCGUAACCUGAUAUUGUCUAAAUUUGACAUUGUUUUCACUGUUAUUUUUACCACUGAAAUUGUUUUAAAGAUGACAACAUAUGGUGCAUUCCUUCACACAGGCUCUUUCUGCAGGAAUUAUUUUAAUAUUCUUGAUCUCCUUGUGGUUGGAGUUUCUCUCAUUUCAUUUGGAAUACAAUCUAGUGCUAUCUCUGUGGUGAAGAUUCUCAGGGUUCUCAGAGUUUUACGUCCACUCAGAGCGAUAAACAGAGCCAAAGGCUUAAAGCAUGUAGUUCAGUGUCUUUUUGUGGCCAUAAAAACAAUCGGCAACAUAGUCCUUGUCACCACACUUCUUCAGUUCAUGUUUUCCUGCAUCGGAGUGCAGCUUUUCAAGGGCAAGUUUUACAGCUGCUCAGACAUCACCAAGAUGACAAGUGAGGAAUGCAAUGGAUAUUAUAUUGAUGCAAAGGAUGGAAACCCUAACCAGUUGCAGUUAAAGGAAAGAAUCUGGUCUCAUAGUAACUUCCAUUUUGAUAAUGUCCUUUCUGGGAUGAUGUCUCUGUUCACCAUCUCAACAUUUGAAGGCUGGCCACAAUUGCUGUACAGAGCUAUAGAUUCUCAUGCAGAGGAUAUGGGUCCCAUCUAUAAUUAUCGUAUAGAGAUUGCUGUAUUCUUCAUAGUGUACAUCAUCCUCAUAGCCUUUUUCAUGAUGAACAUAUUUGUGGGAUUUGUCAUCGUUACCUUCCAGGAGCAAGGAGAACAAGAGUACAAGAACUGUGAGCUGGAUAAGAACCAGCGUCAAUGUGUACAGUAUGCUUUAAAGGCCCGCCCCCUACGUCGUUACAUCCCAAAAAAUCCUCAUCAGUACAAGAUCUGGUACUUGGUUACUUCAUCAUACUUUGAGUAUCUAAUGUUUGCACUCAUCUUUCUGAACACCAUCAGCCUUGGGAUGAAGCAUUAUGGACAGACUCCUGAGUUUGAUCACCUAUCAGACCUCUUAAAUGUGACUUUUACUGGAAUCUUUACUUUGGAAAUGGUUCUUAAAUUAUUGGCAUUCAAGGCUAAGGGCUACUUUGGGGACCCCUGGAACGUGUUUGAUUUCCUAAUUGUUAUUGGCAGUAUUAUUGAUGUCAUCCUGAGUGAAAUAGAUACUGUCCUUGCUCCCAGCGGUGGGCUGUUCUGUCUCAGUGGUGGCUGCACGCCUAGCGUUACUCCAGUAGUAACAACAGGCACAGAAGACUCAUCUCGCAUCUCCAUUACAUUUUUCCGGCUGUUCCGUGUUAUGCGUCUUGUAAAGCUGCUGAGCAGAGGAGAGGGCGUGAGGACCUUACUCUGGACAUUCAUAAAAUCUUUUCAGGCACUUCCAUAUGUGGCACUGUUGAUUGUAAUGCUGUUUUUUAUCUAUGCUGUGAUUGGAAUGCAGGUAUUUGGGAAAAUUGCCAAUGUUGAUGGAACGCAUAUAAACAGGAACAAUAAUUUUCAGACGUUCCCUCAGGCUGUGUUGGUACUGUUCAGGUGUGCAACUGGUGAGGCAUGGCAGGAGAUUCUUCUUGCAUGUUCCUAUGGAAAAUUAUGUGAUCCAGACUCAGAUUACCUGCCUGGUGAGGAGUACACAUGUGGGACCAGCUUUGCCUAUUUCUACUUUAUCAGUUUCUACAUGCUAUGCGCUUUCCUGAUCAUAAACCUGUUUGUUGCUGUAAUCAUGGAUAACUUUGACUACCUGACUCGUGACUGGUCCAUUUUGGGACCACAUCAUCUGGAUGAAUUUAAGAGAAUCUGGGCAGAAUAUGACCCGGAGGCCAAGGGGAGAAUAAAGCAUUUAGAUGUUGUUACCCUUCUCCGGAGAAUACAACCACCUCUGGGUUUUGGAAAAUUUUGCCCACACCGGAUUGCCUGUAAGAGGUUGGUCAGUAUGAACAUGCCUUUGAAUAGUGAUGGUACUGUAACCUUUAAUGCCACUUUAUUUGCUCUUGUGAGGACAGCUCUAAAGAUAAAGACUGAAGGUAAUUUUGAGCAGAGCAAUGAAGAAUUAAGAAUGAUUAUUAAGAAGAUUUGGAAAAGGACUAGUAUGAAACUAUUGGACCAAGUCAUUCCACCAAUUGGAGAUGAUGAGGUUACCGUUGGAAAGUUUUAUGCCAUAUUCCUGAUCCAAGAGCAUUUCCGUAAGUUCAAGAAACGGCAAGAAGAGUAUUAUGGGUAUAGGCCCAAGAGGAAUAAUGUGGAAAUCCAGGCCGGGCUGCGCACAGUGGAGGAGGAGGUAGAGCCUGAGUUACAACGUGCCAUCUCUGGAGAUCUGACUGCUGAAGAGGAGCUAGAAAGAGCUAUGGUGGAGGCAGCUUUAGAAGAGGGAAUAUAUCGGAGGACAGGUGGUCUAUUUGGCCAAGAGGACGUCUUCGCGACAGAGCCUGUGAGCCCGUUGCACACCACCAUCACAAGCCAACGACCCCUGCGCUUCUCUGAGGCAGGGAGUGAAGAUCUAGAGUCACCUGUUUUCCUGCCAGACCCUGUAUUUUUCCCUCCCCCAAGAAGGAAUCGUAAUACCAACAAUAGUACAAUACCUGGGGAACAAAGAGACAGACUUACUACUUUAGAUUCUAAAAUAACACAAGAGAAGGAAGAUUCGUGGGAUGCCAUAAAUUAGGAGGCACAGACGGACCUACUUAUGGGCGUCACAACAUUCUCUAAUCCAUGAAGGUAUGAAGAUGGAAAGCCAAAUUACAUGUCGGGCAAAACUGCUUCUACCACCACCUUUGGAUUUAACUAAUCUCUUACAGUCUCAGCUGAUGUCAUAGACCUACCUGGCAGCGAAAGGAUUAUGCAAUCGUUAGGGAUCUGGCAACGAUUCCCCCUAACAAUAAUUUAAAAAUAAAACAUUCUUUUUGGAUGUCCCUUGUCA